AUGGCGGAGCCAACAUCCACCUGCCAAUCCACAUCUACGACUCCAUCUUUGACUCCAGAGACGGACACUCCAAGUUCCUCGACUUCGAAUCUCUCGGACGAUGGCAUCCGCCUCUCGCCCAACGGCAUCUACUUGACCCUUAGUGAAAUGGGUCGACACGAGAAGUACCACUGGGCUCUGCUGAUUGCCCACUCACCCACGGCCGGCACAGUUCUGCAGCAGCUCCGGCCCAACGAUGAAGCAGAAUGGGAGUACAGCAUUCAGCCUGCGGACGUUACUACUUCCCGGGCCAUGCUGGUUGCGCUCAAGGUGGGCGAGCUACCCGACGUCAACGCCGAGUGGUUGGCGGCGGUAGACGAGUGUGUGCGGUCCUCAAGCAUACGGGACUCUGAGAAGUUUUCCUGUCGGGCCUGGGUGAUGGGCGCCAUCUUUGCGUUGGCAGAUGGCGGAUUUAUUGAUCUGGAGCCAUGCUGGGUGAAGGUUGGGAUGGUGGAGGAGGAAGCAAAGGCGUUGGUGGCUGGUGCUACUUCGCUGGAUACAAGUAUGGUGGUUUCGAGUAAGUAUCUUUAA